ACAGUUCACAGCAGGUUACUGCAGUAACAACAUCAAGUAAAACAUUACCUUAAACUCUACAAUGAAAUUGUUCGUGGUAGCCGCUGUGCUUGGUGUCUGCUUAGCAGACCGCCUUGACAACAAAUACCUGCCGCCCAGAGGCAAUGCUGGAGCCGGUUUUGGCCCUGGUUUCGGCCUGGCUCCGGGAGGCGGUGGCUUUGGAGGCAACGGAGGUCUGGGACAGGGAGGAUUCGCUCCACAACCGAGCGGAGGCUACAACGCCGCUUCCCAGGCCUACAGCAGCCGCUCUCAAGCCUCAGCUGACGCUGGUGCUCAGAUCCUCAGACUGAACAAUGAAGUUACCGCUGAAGGCUUCUCCUACGACUUCGAAACCUCCAACGGAAUUCGUGCUGAUGCGCACGGAGUAGCCACUAACGGUGUCCAGUCCCAAGGCAGCUUCGCCUACAAGGGUGAUGAUGGUCAGGACUAUAGUAUCACUUACACCGCCGACGAGAACGGAUACCAACCUCAGGGCGCGCAUCUUCCCACCCCUCCUCCAAUCCCCGAGGAAAUUUUGAAAUCUUUGGAACAGAACGCCCGUGAUGAGGCCGCUGGUAUCAGUGAUGAUGGUACAUACCAUGGUGAAGGUGCCGGCUCUGGUGCUGCUGCCUACUCCAGCUCUGGAUCAGCUGGAUACUCCUCAGGUGGCCAUAGCUCUGGCUUCGGCGGUGCUGGAAGUGGUGCUUUUGGAGCCGGAUCCGGUAGCGGUGCUGGUGCCGGUGGCUUCGGAGCCAGUGCUGGUGGUUUCGGUAGCCGCGGAGCCGGAUUCGGUGGUGCCGCCUCCCGUCAGUAUCUGGCACCGAACGCCGGAUCCCGGGGCUCGGGUUCUGGUAACUUCAACGCUCAAACCGGCUACAAAUACUGAUUCGACCUAAAAUCAAAUCUAGAUGAUGAUUUUUAAAUUACCAACGACUUUUAAUAUGUAAAUUAAUGUAAGUAGGCUCUUGCUUGUCGAAGAACAAAUCGUCUUUUCACAUUAAAAGUGUACAAUUUUACAAAAAUAUUCGAAAUCGAGUUAAUAUGCGGAAUCAUUUGGUAUCACCAGUAUUUUUUUCAUAAAUACUGUCAAAAGAGCAUAGUUUAAUUAUAGUUUUUUUUUUUGUUUACCUAUGUUUUGACGACUAUUAACAUAAUUGAUACAUAGUUUUAUCUUACUUUAAAAGAUAGAUAAUGUAACUGGUAAAAAACAAAACAAAAUCAUGUUGCAAAGAUGAUUAAUAUUAAAAAUACCACAUGUUAAACCUUUAAAACACUCUCCUGUAAAAUUAGUAAGUUUUGAGAUUAUACAGUUUCAAUGCGAGAAGACGAAAUAAUCCGUUAAUGUUAUCGAACAAUUCAUUAAGCAAUCACUUGAAAAUAUAUUUCCGUUCGCUGAUCAUCAUCAAAGAUACUGACGCUGAUUACUGACGCUUAUUAAUUAUAAAAUUCUGUAUACCUUUUUUUUCGUUUUCUUCUUCGUAAUGUUUAUGAUCUCAAAGUCUGUCACCUUCAAAUUCCUUCAUGUUAAAAAUCGUAGUGACUAGUUAAUACGCGCGUCGCCGGACAGUCGUAGAGAUAAGAAAAUGUAUAAAAAAAACACGUUUUUGUUAGUUUUUAAGUUAUCAAAUGUAAAUAUAAAACAAUGAAUCAAAUAAAUAAACGAGUUAAUGCAAUA